CGUCCAAAAAAAAAAAAAAAAAAGGUAGAGAGAGGUGAUAUUUAGGGGAGGAUAGAGGUUGAAACAGGUGAGAGAGGGAUCUGGGUUUUGACUAGAGUGCUGUUCUGUGCUAUAAAAUUUUGUGAGCGGUAGAGAUAGAAGAUAGAGAGAGGUGAUAUUCAGCAAGGGUAGAGGCUGAAAGAAGUGAGAGAGGGAUCUGGGUUUUGAGCACAGUGUGGAAAUUUCUAAUUAUAGGUUGCUGAGUUUAAAGUUUGCACGGUAUGACAACAAAGCGGGUUACAACUCGCUGUAUCCUACUGCAGACAUUCCCACAACAAAUUCCACAGAGUAGCAGCGGCCUUUCCACACUGAAUUAACAGGGAGAAUAAAUCAUGAUGUAAUCUGAUCCAGUUCAUUUCACUAUAAUACUCAAUCUAAGCGCCUGGCAAAAGCAGCAAUUCCAGAAAUAAUUCAAGAAGUUUGCAAGGAAGUUCAAGCCAAGUUCAGCUGGGAGUCCUGUUUAUCUACACCCAGAAUUGCAGUCCCUCUCCAAGGACUAGAAUGAAAAAAAUGAUUGAACUGGUGGACACAAUAAAGUUCAAUCAACAAAUUAAAAUAAAAUUCUUUUCAGAAUUAAGUUCUGCUUCUGCGAGCCUCUUAAAUUACGUCUUUACUUCAACUUUCAGAAUAUUUUCUUUAGUACGAUAUUAGGAAGUAGGAAACCAAAACCAAUGAUUCGCUGUCAUUAACAAUUCACUACCGAUCCUAACUCCUGCAGUAAAGCGCGGCCAAUUAUUGCUAGUUAUCUACUAGAUGAAUGAUUAUGAUCUUAGAACCAUGUUCAUGCAUACAAAUAAGAAAGAGUGGAGGGUUUGGACGUAAAGACUUGGGGAUUGGGCGUGUAAAAUUUGGUCCACAAAGAAGAGAGAGCAUGCAGGAAAGAAAAUAAAUAAAUAAUAGGAACAAAGGCUCCGGUCUUUCUGCAAAGGCGGCAAAACGACUUUUGUUUGGUCUUCUUUAUGCUGAUUUUUUAACCAGUCAAUCCUUCUUCGUUCUUACGAUCCACGCACAUGGAGCAGUCAAUGCCACUGUUGCCCCAAGCUGUGGAAUUCAUCCUCCUCACGGUGGCGAUUGGCCGGAGAUUUCCAGAAAACAAUUUGGCGGAAAAAUUCCCUCUUUAAUAAAUUCAGCGAUCUGUUUCCCUUGCCCAAGAGAUUGGCAAAUGAGAGACCUACCCAGCAAGGUGAAAGCCUUGAAGGAAAGUAAAAAAUGGUGUCUUUAGUGGGAGAAUUACCACCCAAUAAAGAGUAUGAUGCAAUAAGUCCAAAACUACUGGUGUCCAUCUCCUUUCCAUUCCUUAGCCGAAAAAUUCAGAUGAAGGGCCUUCCUUUCAUCUUAUUCAUCUCUCUUUUCCAUGUUUUAGUGUUCAGUUUAUGCAGUGCAGUUGAUACUAUAUCUCCAACACAAUCCAUCACCAGCUCCAAUACCUUGGUUUCUUCCGGUGGAAGAUUUGAAUUAGGACUCUUCUCCUCCGGAAACUCUAAAGCAUGGUAUUUAGGAAUUUGGUACACCAAGUUUUCGAAUAUAGUUGUAUGGGUCGCCAACAGAGAAAACCCAAUUCCAGGUUCAGAUGGAGCCCUGACAUUAACCGAAAAUGGUACUUUGGUCCUUUUAGACCAGAUGAACAACACUGUAUGGUAUUCUAAUUUUUCCACAGUAGUUGAAGAUCCUGUUGCACAGCUUUUGGAGACUGGAAAUUUUGUUGUCAGAGACAAGGCUACAGCGGGUUCGGAAAGUUUUGUAUGGCAGAGUUUUGAUUUCCCAUCGGAUACAUUGUUAGCAGGGAUGAAGCUUGGAUGGGAUUUCAGAACCGGGCUCAACAAGUUCUUGACUUCUUGGAAAAAUGCUAGUGAUCCAUCUCUUGGUGAGUAUACCUAUAGGAUUGUUAAUCUUGCUUUGCCUCAGCUUGUUCUUGCUAAGGGAUCGGAGAAAGAGUUUCGAAGUGGGCCCUGGAAUGGUCUUCGGUUUACUGGUUAUCCUGUUUCGAACAAUGAAAUUAUAACACCUAGUUAUGUGUAUGAUACAAAUGAGUUGUAUUACACGUAUAAUGACAAUUCUCUUAUUACAAGAUUGCGGCUAACUGAAGGAGGUGACAUGCAGCGGUUAGUGCUGAAUAAAGGAAGCACUGAAUGGAACGAUAUGUAUAAUUUGCUGAAUGAUCGAUGUGAUAGGUACGGGGAGUGUGGCGCAAAUGGCAUUUGCAGAAUUAACAACUCACCCAUUUGUGACUGCUUGGACGGGUUUAUUCCGAAAUCCCAGCAAGAGUGGGUGGUGCUUAAUACGACAAGUGGGUGCACAAGGAAGAUACAAUUGGAUUGUCAGAAAGGAGAAGGGUUUCGGGAAAUUCAAAACGUAAAACUGCCAGACCUGUUGGAUUUUUGGGUCAACAAGAGCCGGAACAAGAAGGAAUGCAGGGCAGAGUGUUUGAAGAAUUGUUCUUGUAUUGCUUAUUCUUAUUCAGAUUACAGUCUUGGAGGCACCGGCUGUCUGAUGUGGUUUAAAGACCUUAUUGAUAUCCGUGAGUUUGCUGAUGAAAGUGAGCAGCAACGUAUUUAUAUUAGGAUGCCAGCUUCAGAACUAGGUCAUGCCGGUCAGAAGGAGAAAAGAAUAGUGCUCAUAGCGGUCAUCUCAGCAGCUUGUGUUCUAAUUUUGCUGGGAGUGUCAUGUUGGCUUAUAAUUUGGAAGAAGAAAGGAAAGAAGAGGGGUUCAAGAUCGAAUAAGGAAGACAUGGAGUUGCCACUGUUUGAUUUUCAUACAAUUGCAGCAGGCACCAAUAACUUCUCAGGGACAAACAUACUUGGGGAGGGAGGUUUUGGUCCAGUUUACAAGGCCAACCUAGCACAAGAACAACUAGUAGCAGUAAAAAGACUCUCAAAAGAUUCCGGGCAAGGUAUUGAUGAGUUUAAGAAUGAAGUUACGAUGAUAGCCAACCUUCAACACAGGAAUCUUGUUAAACUUUUGGGCUGCUGCAUUGAAGGACAAGAGAGGAUGCUAAUCUAUGAGUAUAUGCCUAAUAAAAGCUUGAACUGCUUUAUUUUCGAUGAAAAUAGAAAGAAAUCGCUUGAUUGGCAAAAACGAGUCAACAUUAUAAUUGGAACUGCACGUGGACUUCUCUACCUCCACCAAGACUCCAGAUUGAGAAUCAUUCAUAGGGACCUCAAGAGUAGCAACAUUUUACUCGACAAUGAGCUGAACCCCAAAAUAUCUGACUUCGGCAUAGCAAGAAUUUUUGGACUUGAUCAGACUGAAGCAAAGACAAAACGAGUGAUUGGCACAUAUGGGUAUAUGUCUCCCGAGUACGCAAUUGAUGGGCACUUUUCAGUGAAAUCCGAUGUCUUUAGUUUUGGAGUGCUUUUGCUAGAGAUGGUAAGUGGCAGAAAGAACAGAGGGUUUCAUCAUCCAGAUCACCAUCACAGUCUUCUGGGACAUGCCUGGCUACUAUGGAACAAAGAAAAGGUUUUGGAACUAUUAGAUCCAUGCUUGGAGGACUCAUAUGUUGAGCUUGAGGUACUAAGAUGUAUACAAGUUGGUCUAUUAUGCGUGCAAAAGCGGCCCAUCGACAGACCAGUAAUGUCAUCAGUGGUGUUCAUGUUAAGCAACGAGGGAGCAAUGUUGCCUGAACCGAAGGAGCCUGGUUUCUUCACAGAACGAAGUUCCAUGGAUGGUGAUACCUUCAUUAGUGAAGGAAGAAGCAAAACAGGAAACAUGAUUACCAUUACCACGAUGGAAGCUCGAUGAUUGAGGUCUGGACCCUGAGUUGGAUGUAUGUUUUGAUGAUUUAGAUAUAAACUAUGUAAUUUAUAGCAAUCAUGUACAUUUAGUGGCUCUAGAAUUUUUGGGAGACUAACCCAAGUUUCAAUAAUGGGAGCACUCUAGAAGAAGAUGAGAAGUCAAUAGGUGCUUAAAUUUUCAAUUAAUUGAUGACAUCAAAGGAGCACUAGCAUCGUGGCAUACCGUGAGUUGAAGGUGACUCUUUCCGCAGAAAAUUGAAACAAAUGAAAGCUUUGUCGAAGUAGAAAACUCAUACUCAAGACUUUAGAUAU